AUGGGGAAGCAAGGUUCCCCAAGAAGUCAGCGUCCUGAAUUUCAGAAUGCUGACUUAUUUUUAGGAAUGGGGGAAUAUAGCUUAAGAGGUCCAGAAACUUUACCAGGAAGUGAUCCUUCUAUUGGAAGGAGAAUCUCAUGGGGAGAUAGCCAUUGUAAUUCCAAAACUGUAUUACUUCAUGGAUUGAAGCAUGAUUCUGCAAAGUAUACUGUUUGUAAGGGAGUCUAUGUGGGGAGAAGGUAUUCAUGUCUGCGAAAGCACGUGAAGUCAAUUGCUUUUAUGGUUGGGUUGAUGAGUUUCUUUCUCCUGCUUCAUUCCCUCAUGAUGUCCAUUUUCUAUCUGGGAAACCUUCAGAAUCACCCAGCCCAAAGAAACUCUAGUGGGCUCAAGGAGGAAGAUAUGGGUGCCUACACCUAUGAAGAAAAAAUACCGAUACAGAUGUAUGACCGACUUUUAAACUUGGCAACCAUUGCUCUUACAGAGAAAGAGUUUAAGCAAGAGACGUCAAGACUCUGGGAGGAACCAUAUUGGAAGGCAUCCGCAUGGAAACCAUGUGCGAAUAAAAAGCUUCCGACCAAUCUUGGGAAAUUUAACAAAAAUAAUGGCUACAUACUAAUCAGUGCAAAUGGUGGUCUCAACCAACAACGAGUUGCUAUUUGUAAUGCUGUUGCUUUGGCAUCUCUUCUCAAUGCAACUUUGGUUCUUCCAAGAUUUCUAUAUAGCAACGUUUGGAAUGAUCCCAGCCAAUUUGGUGAUAUCUACCAAGAGGAAUAUUUUAUAAAUAUUUUGAAGGAUGAAAUCAAUAUUGUGAAGGAACUCCCUCCUCAUCUGAGAUCACUUGACAUUGAAGCACUAGGUAGCCUGAUUACUGAUGCAGACCUUGUGAAGGAGGCAAAGCCUGCUGAUUACAUCAGAAAUAUACUUCCUCUCCUCUUAAGGAAUGGAAUUGUUCACUUCCUUGGGUUUGGAAAUCGACUAGGCUUUGAUCCAUUGCCUUCUAAACUCCAGAGAUUAAGAUGCAAAUGUAAUUUCCAUGCUUUGAAGUUUGUGCCAAAAAUCCAACGAGUUGGUUCAUUAUUGGUCAGAAAGAUAAGAAAAUAUGAUGCUGCACGAAGUAUGUUGGACAAAGAAUUACUAGGAAACUUCAUGCCUGAAAAUCCCUCGAAUGAGCUUGAUGCUGUUAGUGGCCCAUCCAAGUACCUUGCUUUACAUUUGAGAUUUGAAGUGGAUAUGGUGGCCUACUCCCUCUGUGAAUUUGGAGGGGGAGAAAGUGAGAAAAAUGAACUUCAAGCCUAUAGAGAAAUCCAUUUUCCUCUGGUUAUUGAGCGCUUAAAGAACUCAAGCCCUAUUUCUCCAACGGAGUUACGAAAGUUGGGAAGAUGUCCAUUGACACCGGAAGAAGCAGCGCUUGUUCUAUCUGGACUUGGUUUUAAGCGUGGAAGUUACAUUUAUUUGGCUGGUUCUCAUAUCUAUGGAGGAAAAUCCAGGAUGGAUCCCUUCACCAGACUGUAUCCCAACUUGGUCACAAAGGAAACCCUUCUCACUCCCCAAGAACUGGCACCGUUUGGAAAUUUUUCUUCUCAGCUAGCUGCGUUGGACUUUAUUGCAUGUGCAACUGCCGAUGUCUUUGCUAUGACUGACUCUGGAAGCCAACUUUCAUCCCUUGUGUCUGGAUUCAGAACCUACUACGGCGGUGGUCGUGCCCCUACCUUGCGGCCUAACAAGAAGAGGUUGGCUGCAAUUUUGUUGGAGAAUGGCACCAUUGGAUGGAACAGUUUUGAAGACAGAGUGAGAAAGAUGAUCGAGGAAGGUCAAAGGGUCCGUGUGAGGGGCUUUGGUCGGAGCAUUUAUCGACAGCCAAGGUGCCAGGAGUGCAUGCGCAAGACCCACUAGCAUGUCAUUUAUCUUGACGACUCGUUUUAAC